AUGAAUGAGUAUCUUGACCUCGGCCACAUGGAACAGGUCACAGAGGAUCAGGACUCUUCUGACGGGUACUACCUGCCUCACCAUGGGGUCGUAAAGGUUUCCAGCGAAACCACAAAACUAAGAGUGGUUUUCGACGGGUCAGCAGGUACAUCUUCCGGACUCUCGUUGAAUGACACCUUGCACACAGGGCCGAAGGUUCAGGAAGACCUGUUGUACAUUCUCCUACGAUUUCGUUUACACCGCUAUGUUAUAACAGGGGACAUUGAGAAAAUGUACAGGCAGUUUUUGGUGCGUGAAGAGGAUCGUAAAUACCAGCGAAUACUGUGGCGCGAUUCCUCUGACAGGAUUUCAACAUUCCAGCUCAAAACUGUCACAUUUGGAUUAUCAGCUGCUCCAUUCCUGGCUAUUCGUUCAUUAGUUCAGCUCGCCCACGAUGAAAGACAUCGCUUCCCGACGGCAUCAAAGAUUCUGUUGCGCGACUUUUACGUGGACGAUUUACUCACAGGAGCUACAACAAUAGAAGAGGCACGCAGGGUCCGUAGAGAGUUGACAUCACUAUUAGAGACAGCCAAAUUGAACAUUAGACAAUGGGCAUCUAAUAGCGACACUCUGUUAAAGGAGCUUCCGGAACAAGCCAUCAACAAGAAAUUACACAUAGGCGAAACAUCCACUUUAGAAACGCUAGGUGUGGUUUGGAACUCCUCACAGGAUACAGUUUCUUACGAGGUCAAACCACAACUAGCAAAAACAAACAACACAGUUUCAAUCGACAUAUAG